CCCAGCCCGGGCCAAAGUCUAACCCCGCUGGGGGCUGCACGCAGGACUACUUAUAGCUAACGACCCGCAGCGCCGGGCCUCUAGCCUGCCCCCGCCAGCGCGUCCAGAGCCAGGCAGACCUCUGCGUUAUGAGCCAGCUGCUGACCUACGUAGACCCCUCUGACCCCAGCUUUGUGGCUGCCGUCCUUGCCAUCGCUUUCAAUCCUCUCUACUGGAAUGUGGUUGCAAGAUGGGAGCAGAAAACGCGCAAGCUGAGCAAAGCCUUUGGGUCUGCCCACCUGGCCUGCUACGCCCUGGGCAGCACCAUCCUGCUGCUGAAUGUGCUGCGCUCGCACUGCUUCACCCAGGUCAUGAUGAGCCAGCCCCGGCUGGAGAGCCUGGACGGCCCCGUCACCUACCUGCUGGGCCUCGUGCUCCUGGUGGUGGGCAGCGUGUUUGUGCUGUCCAGCUUCUGGGCCCUGGGCUUCACCGGGACCUUCCUAGGUGAUUACUUCGGGAUCCUCAAGGAUGCACGAGUGACCUCAUUCCCAUUCAACGUCCUGGACAAUCCCAUGUACUGGGGCAGCACUGCCAACUACCUGGGCUGGGCCCUCAUGAACGCCAGCCCGUCCGGCGUGCUGCUGACCGGGGUCGUGGCCCUCAUCUAUGUGGUGGCCAUCCUGUACGAGGAGCCCUUCACUGCUGAGAUCUACCGGCAGAAAGCUGCCCAGUCGCACAAGCGUAGCUGACGCCGCGGUUUUGUCCGUUGGAGAGAGAACGGCGCCGGGUUUGCUCGGCGAGGCCCGGCUAGGGCUGCCCCAGUGCCUUGCUUCCUGCUGCCUCGGGGUCCCUGGACAUGCUGCUGUGACCACCGAGCACCCCUGCACACCACACCCUGAUGCACAAUAAAGGCACCCUGA